UCCCAUAUUUUCCGCCCAAAAUAAAAUUUCCCCCGCGCUCGCCCCCUUCUGAGCCAGAAAAAGACAGAGCUGAGAAAAUGGCGGAAAGUGAAGCAAAUCGCGAGAAAAUGGACCAACAGAUGAAGAAGAAAGGUCACAGGCGCUUGAUCGCUUUCACCGGAGCUGCUGCGGUGGUCGCAAUCGCCGCCAACCUCGCCCUCACCUUCAUCAAGUACCAUAAGGACAAGAAAUCAAGCAAGAAAUAUCUCGCGGGUUUGUAUGUGCGCGUUAACCUAACUGCAUCUGAGAUUCUCAAGUUAGCUGACCAAAUUAUUGCAAAGUCAAACAAGGUCCACGAUUCUGUUGCAGCUGUGCCAUUGGAUAAGGUUACGUACUCGAAUGUUAUAUCACCUCUGGCAGAACUUCAGGCACAACAAUUUCCGUUGAUCCAGUCUUGUGUGUUUCCAAAGAUGGUAUCAACUCGGGAGGAUGUGCGCAAAGCAAGUGCUGAAGCAGAGCAAAGGAUAGAUGCUCAUAUUGACAUGUGCAGCAAACGCGAAGAUGUAUAUAUUGUAGUUAAAGCAUUUGCAACAAAGGGAGAGUGGAUAAAUGCUGAAGCCAAAUCCUUUGUUCAGAUUCUGGUGAGAGACUUUGAGAGAAAUGGAUUGAACCUCACUGCAAGCAAAAGAGAAGAAUUGCUGCGUCUAAGAGCUCAGAUUGAUGAGUUAAGCUUUAGAUAUAUCCAAAAUCUCAAUGACGAUAGCAAAUUUCUUCCCUUCAAUGAGGCAGAGUUAGCUGGAUUACCACAAGAGUUUCUCAAGUGUUUGGAUAAAUCUGAAGAUGGAAAGUUGAAGAUAUACUUGCGAAGUCAUCAUGUUGCAGCUGUUCUUGAAUUUUGCAAGGUAGGAACUACAAGACGGAUGGUAUCAAGGGCAUAUGGGAAUAGAUGCGGAGAGGCCAAUCUUUCUAUUCUGGAAAAUCUGGUGCAACAGCGCCAUAAAUAUGCUCGUUUACUUGGCUAUUCAAACUAUGCAGAGUAUGCUGUUGAUGUUAGAAUGGCAAAGACACCUAUGAAGGUGUUUGAGUUCCUGGAGGAUCUAUCCACCAGUUUAACUGAGCUGGCCAUGAAGGAACUUGAUACAUUGAAGAAUUUGAAGAAGAGGGAGGAAGGGGAAUUCCCAUUUGGAAUUGAGGACCUGCUGUAUUAUGUAAAACGGGUUGAAGACCAGAAUUAUGAUCUUGACUUUGGCGAGCUCAAUCAAUACUUACCAAUAAGUUUAGUUCUAUCUGGGAUCUUCAAAAUUCUUCAAGAUCUAUUUGGUUUAAGGUUUGAGGAAAUAGCAGGAGCUGAUGUUUGGCAUUCUGAUGUUCGAGUGUUUUCAGUACUUGACUUAGGUUCUAGUGAAAUCUUAGGUUACUGCUACUUUGAUUUGUUUUCAAGGGAAGGGAAAUAUGGUCAUACUUGUGUCAUGGCUCUCCAGAACAGUGCAUUAACACUCAGUGGGGAACAGCAGAUACCAGUUGCAUUACUAAUAUCUCAAAUUCAAAAAGAUGGCAACAGUUGUCCUGGGUUGUUGCGGUUCUCCGAAGUGGUCGGUCUAUUCCACGAGUUUGGCCAUGUGAUUCAACAAAUUUGCAACCGCUCCUCGUUUGCAAGAUUUUCUGGACUACGUGUUGAUCCCGACUUCGUGGAAAUACCUGCUCAACUCCUAGAAAACUGGUGUUAUGAAACCAGCUGUCUGAAGUUGAUUUCUGGAUUUCAUCAGGAUAUUACAAAGCCGAUAAAGGAUGAUACAUGUGAAUCAAUCAAAAGAUGGAGGGCUUCAUUUUCGGCACUUAAAUUGAAACAAGAGAUUCUGUAUUGUCUUUUUGAUCAAAUCAUGCAUUCUGCGGAUAACAUAGACAUUCGGGAGUUGUUCAAGCAUCUUCAUCCCAAGGUGAUGUUAGGUUUGCCAGCAUUAGAAGGAACCAAUCCAGCUUCAUGUUUUCCUUCUAGUGUUAUUGGUUAUGAAGCGGCUUGCUACAGCCGUGUAUGGAGUGAGGUUUUUGCUGCUGAUAUUUUUGCCUCGAAGUUUUGCAAUGAUGUUGUAAAUCAGCAUGCUGGCAUGCAAUUUAGGAAGAAGGUAUUGGCCCCCGGAGGAGCAAAGGAUUCUAUUGAAGUGUUGUCGGACUUUUUAGGAAGAGAACCUUCAAUUCGAGCUUAUAUUGAGAAUAAAGUCAAGUAUAUUCUGUAAGGCUCUAACCGACCAAUAUUUAUCUGUUGAUAGGUUUCAGUUACCUGUUUCAAUUUUUCCACAGGCAGCAAUUUUUGUUCAAAAAUUAUUCUUCGUUGUAAUAAGCACAUCCUCCUCUCUCUCUCUCUCUCUCUCUCUCUCUCUCUCUCUCUCUCUCU